GUGGAAGGUAUGUCUGAACGUCGGCAGUGGUGGCGCAGUAUGUCAUAACUCGCCCAGACGUCAGUUUGGCGCUGGUCUUGUGUCAGGUUUUCGUACGAGGGCUCUGUACGGAUUCUCCUCCUCAAUGCAAUGCAGAAGUCACCGGUUUAUGCGGGUGGAGCAGCUUCUGCAAAGCAGGAGUCACCGGUUCACGCCGAUGGAGCAGCUUCUGCAAUGCAGGAGUCACCGGUUCACGCCGAUGGAGCAGCAUCUGCAGUGCAGGAGUCACCCGUUCAUGCGGGUGAAGCAGUGGGACACUCAGAACCGGGUCCGUUGAGGAAUGAGAAAGAUAGAAAGAGACUGGAGAAGAAUGGAGGAAUUCGCCCGGGGAAAAGAUGGCCGCAGUACUUGGCUGCUAGUUUGGCAAACUUGGGCUCCUUCUGCGCCGGCUGCGUCAUGGGGUGGACCGCCCACGCCUUACCCUACCUGCAGAAGUUACCUCAUGUCGUUAACAUGACUGGCGCAUACAAGGACACCGUCUUCGGAAAUUCCUCUUCGGUACUGGGAAACAUCAGCAGUGUUGGCAUGUUUCCUGCUAAGAACGGGAAAGCAACCGAAGCAGUGACGGCGGCAGAGGCGUCCUGGAUCGCUUCCUUGGCGCCUCUGGGUGCCCUGGUGGGCGCCCUCUCAGCUGGAUACAUAGCCAGUAUGAUCGGACGCAAGAAACUGCUGUUGAUCCUCGCUGCAAUUUAUCUCUUGGGCUGGUUUCUGAUCAUUGUCGCAGGGAAGUCGGUGCUAUUGAUAUUCAUUGCACGCUUCUUCUCCGGCAUUGCCAUGGGCGCAGGGUCAGUCAUCGUGCCAAUUUACUGUGAAGAGAUUGCUGAAGUGAGAAUAAGGGGAGCCCUCGGGAUACUGUUUGACCUCCAAAUUGGCAACGGCAUUCUUUUUGUUUAUCUUGUUGGCGCGUACGUCUCGUAUCUCUGGCUGUGCAUCGCGUGCGCCACAAUACCCGCAGUCUUUCUGCUGACGUUCGCCUGGAUGCCAGAUUCUCCCAUUUAUCUCGCCAGCAAAGGCAAGGCUGAGGAAGCCGAGAGAUCUCUGCGUUGGUUGCGCGGUGCGAGAUGCAUAACGGACUAUGACGUGAAAUACGAAUUGGAUCGUAUUCAGAAAUUCGUUUCUGAAACUUCGCGAAAAUCGCCAUCACAAAAGACAGCAUCGGAGGAUACACAAAUAAUAACAAACUGCAUGACAACUGCGAGAGAUAUUCCAAAACGUUUAUGCAAAUUGCCUAAAUCUCCUACUGGCAAAGCUAUAAUAAUAUUGGUUUGUUUAAUGAUUUUCAGACAGUCUAGUGGAAUCAAUGUUGUCAUUUACUAUACCGUCGACAUAUUCGAGGAAGCUGGAAGCACGCUGUCGCCGUCUUUGUCUACUGUCGUUGUCGGAGUGGCCCAGGUAGUGGCGACGUUCGUGUCUUCCUUGCUUGUGGAACGAAUUGGGCGACGCCCGCUGCUUCUCUUUUCAGAUGUAACCAUGGCGGUGUGUCACGUUGUGUUGGCCGUGUACUUUUAUUUAAAGCAAACUGACGUCGAUGUGAGAGCCUUUGGUUGGUUACCACUCCUCUGUGUUACCACCUACAUCUGCGUCUUCAGCCUUGGAUUUGGACCAUUGCCGUGGGUCAUAAUGGCAGAGCUUGUGCCAAACGAGUCCAAAAGCUGGGCGAAUGGUCUUGUAGUGUCCGUAUAUUGGAUUGUGGUAUUUGCAAUUACGAAUUUAUCUGGGCUUACGACUGGGAACUUGGGACAAAUGAUAAAGUUUGCGAUAUUUGGUGGAGUGUGUGGUUUGGGAACUGUAGUUGUGGCAUGUGUAGUUCCGGAAACUAAAGGCAAAACAAGAGAAGAAAUUCAGCGAGAACUGAGGAAAACAUAGAGAAAAUAUUACUUGAGAAUUAAACCAAACCGUGGAGCCAGCGAUAAAGAAAAUAUUUUAUAUAAUCUAUGUACGGUAAUUUACAUGGUUAGGACAGCUAACACGAAAGAAUAGAUUAAACUGAAUAUUAACAAGGGACAUAACGGUGUUAAUUAUUCUAUAUGCAACAACGAAGUAUUUUUAAUAUUAUUAAUAUAUCACUUUCAUCCGGUACUGAUAAAUUAUUUGAUUUUUAUCGAUGCGCUUACAAUGACAAUUUGUAUUGCAUGUGAAAAUUCACAGGACAUGCUACUUAGAUGUAAUCCUAGAGUGACAACAAACAGGGCAGCGUUUUUGAGCGUAAAGAUCGAUGAGUUUGGGGAAGAACGGGAUAGGUGAUUUGCUAUAGUCCCUUUUUCUUUCUGCUUCACGAUUGUGUGCCUGAAAUUGCAUUUAUAGUAGUCCGUUUCAUAUUAUUUAUUAUUUUAUUAUUUUUAGUAAUUGGUCUAAUAUAUUUACAGCUUUCAAGAUACUUGUUACAGAAUGUCGUACAUUUAGCCAAAUUUUAUUUUUAGAAACAGAUGAGUUCCUAUAACAAAUUAAAUAACUAAAAAACCAAAUCAAUGGGGCAUAAUUCUCCCUGAGAAGUCAACUGUUGAUCAGUCAAACAAGAAAGUACUCGCCUUCUAUAGGAUCCGAAGGUUCAUGUCUCUGUUUCCUAGAGCGCACCACUGGAUCAUAUCUUGAAUCCAGUCUGUACCCUCACAUUGCAUUUAUUGAAGCUCCGUUUCAAAAUUAGCACCCUUGUCUACCGGGUCUCUCGAAUAGUUUCUCAUUUAUAUAUAUUCGGACUAAAAUAAUGUAAGAUAAAAAAUUUAGUUUAAAAUAUUCCACGGUUGAAGAAGUGUGUGCGCCGUCUCACAGAAACAGAAUAUUUCAUUACAAAAGAAAAAAAGGAGAGUGUAGUGGCCUAGUUAUCUGAUCACAGUGGGCUCGCGGUCUUAGGCAAGAACCGUCUUCUCCCGCUCGAACACUGGAAUCGUGGGUUCGAAUGCCACUGAAGGCAUGGCUGUCUGUGCCCGCGUUUA